AUGGCGGCGAAGAAAGUCUUCCUCAUAGGACCAGGCCUGAUCGGCACUGACCUGCUAGAGCUCCUUGUGGAAGCCGGUUAUGAAGUCACCACGAUGGUCCGCCGGGAGGCACACGCAGCACAAGUUAAAGACCUCGGCGCCAAAGUGCUAAUGGGCACUUUGGACGACAAAGAGACCAUCCGCAAAUACGCCGCUGCAAGUCCUAUCGUCAUUCACACCGCCACAGCUGACCACUUGCCUUCUGUCGAAGCCGUGCUCGAUGGCGUGCGCCAACGUGCCGAGCAAGGACUGGAGACGAUCUACAUCCACACCAGUGGAACGAGCGUGUUGGUCGAUAAUUCCAAGGGCAUGUACAAAUCCGACAAUAUCUAUUCGGACGAACGUCCCGAGGACAUCGAUGGCGUGCCUGAUACCGCGCCGCACCGUGAAAUGGACCUCGCCAUCAUCGCAGCGCGAAGGGAUCUAGGCAUCAAAGCGAAGAUCAUCAUCGUGCUUCCCUGCCUUGUAUACGGGAUCGGCAAGCGCUCGGGGAGGCUGUCCAUGCAGCUGCCAACCAUGGUGCGAUUCGCGUUGAAGCACGGCUGGGCCCCAGUCAUUGGCAAAGGCCUCUCGGUGCGAAGUAACAUCCACGUUCAGGACUUGGUGCGCGGGUACACGGUCAUCUUGGACUGGAUGCAGCACAGCAGCGCGGACGAAGUCCUUCUGAACCCUUACUUUUUCUGCAGCACCGGGCAAGACAUGGCGUGGGGGGAUGCUGCGGCCGAGAUUGGAAGGCUGUUAUACGAGGCGGGCAGAAUUAAAGAUCCAACGCCGCGACCUGUACCGCCUGAGCUCUACAAUGACUUGUUCGGGGUGUAUAGUCCGACCACCGCUGGAGCGAAUUCCAGAAGUCGUGCCGAUAGGUUGCGGAAGAUGGGGUGGAGUCCGAGAGAAAAAGGGGUCUUGGAAUCAUUGAGGGAGGAUGAGGUGCCGAUUCUGUUGAAUGAGACGGGUGCGUUCAAUGGGUACACGGGCCUUGCGUCUUCCGGUACCCAUGUGCUGAAAAGCUUGGAAUAA